AUGUCCUCUUCAAUAGAAUUGAUCAAUCCAAAGGCAGAGAGCGUCAGGCGCGCUGCUGCCUUGCAGGUCAACACUACUGGUGCGAUGGGUCUUGCCAACGUAGUGAAGGGUAAUCUCGGUCCAAGAGGCACUCUAAAAAUGCUUGUGGACGGCUCUGGUCAGAUCAAAAUGACCAAGGACGGUAAAGUGUUGUUAUCCGAGAUGCAAAUACAAAACCCAACAGCCGCUAUGAUCGCUCGAACUGCGGUCGCUCAAGAUGAUCAAGUUGGUGACGGAACUACUUCAGUAGUUCUACUGGUUGGAGAGUUGCUUAAGCAAGCCGAUCGCUACAUAUCUGAAGGCGUACAUCCGACCGUCAUAGGGGAAGGAUUCGAUCUCGCGAAGAAAGAGGCUUUAGUGUUCCUUGACACGUUCAAGCUGCCAUCCAAAUUGGAUAGGCCAACUCUGAUCAACGUCGCACACACUUCGCUUGCCACUAAGCUGCAUGCCUCGCUAGCGAAGCAACUCGCUGCAGAUGUGGUAGAUGCUUAUCGCGACCCAAUAGAUCUGCACAUGGUGGAAAUUAUGAAGAUGCAACACCGCACGGCGUCAGAAACUCAGCUUGUGCGUGGCCUGGUCAUGGAUCACGGUGCCAGGCAUCCGGACAUGCCCAAACGCGUCGAGAAUGCAUUCAUUCUGACGUUGAACGUCAGCUUAGAAUACGAAAAGACAGAGGUUAAUUCUGGCUUCUUCUAUUCGUCUGCCGAGCAACGUGAAAAGCUCAUCGAAUCUGAGCGGCGUUUCGUAGACGCCAAAGUGAAAAAGAUCGUAGAACUUAAGAAUCUCGUGUGCGAUCAAGUUGUUGGCGGCAGCGAAAAGCCCAAAAACUUUGUCGUUAUCAAUCAAAAAGGUAUCGAUCCACUUAGUCUCGAUAUCCUUGCAAAGAAUGGCAUUUUUGCUUUACGUCGUGCUAAGCGACGUAAUAUGGAACGCCUGCAGCUCAUUUGCGGAGGUGUUGCGCAAAAUUCCGUAGACGAUCUAACCCCAGAUAUUCUCGGUUGGGCGGGUCUAGUUUAUGAGCACACUCUAGGCGAAGAGAAGUACACAUUCGUGGAAGAGGUUAAGGAACCCAAGAGUGUCACGCUCCUUGUCAAGGGUCCAAAUGCGCACACGAUCCAACAAAUUCAGGAUGCUUUACGGGACGGUCUUCGCGCCGUCAAAAAUGCACUUGAGGAUGAGGUUCUCAUUCCCGGUGCGGGAGCCUUUGAGGUUGCAUGCGCAGGUCAUUUGAGUGGUCCUGUAAAGAAAACUGCCAAGGGCCGCGUUAAAAUGGGCGUGCAAGCUUAUGCAGACGCAUUAUUGAUCAUUCCAAAGACUCUUGCGCAAAACGGAGGCUUUGACGUCCAGGAUGUGGUGGUGGCGCUGCAGGAUGAACAAGCGGAGGGAAAUACGGUUGGUAUCGAUUUACAAUCAGGGGAGCCGUUUGAUCCGACUGUGGAAGGCAUCUGGGACAACUACAGGGUAAAGAGACAGAUGUUGCACUCAUGUUCUGUGAUCGCAGUGAACCUCCUUUCUACAGACGAAAUCUUGCGGGCGGGCCGGAGUUCAUUGAAGCCAGAUGGGCAGUCGUGA